GGAAGAACCGCUUUGGCCCCAGCGCUGUCACGUCAAAGCCAAACGAGAUUAGCGUCAGCGUCCGCUUGUGAUCAAAAGGUUAGACUAGGUUGCGGCCAAAUUCGUGUUCGGCCAUGUCGUGCGCCACUCCGCCGCGUUUGUGAAGGCGAGGCAAUGCUGCCAUCCCGUGGUGACUGCAGCUAACUGCACCUUUUCUGUCUGAUGAAAUAUGAAAUGAUGUCUGGCCAGUUGUAUUCGUUGACGUUUGUUUGCUGUCAUCCUAUUUGUGGUUUGGUGUGUGUAACUUUGCUGCCCUCCAGUGGUCGCCACAAGCGCCGCAGCCCGCAAGUGUUCGGCCAACUACAUUUCCCAUGAUGCCUCGGUGCUCGUCGGCUGGAUGGAGAUGCGCCCGUUCAGUUGCAUGAGGACGACUAGAAACCGAAACGCAUGCGCGUGGAUCCCCCUCAGCAUUAGCGAGCAAGAUGGCGCUCUGGCAGGCAGCACCGCGGACAGCACCAGCAGCGACCGCCCCUCCUCUUCCUCCUCUCCGACACCACCGAACCCCGAGCUUGAUCGCCCCCAUCCCCUGAAGGCCCCCCCCCAACACACGCACAGGCCAGGGAAUGUCCUUCUCUCCGGAACCUUCCUGACUCCUUUGAGCUCGCCAGGCUCGGCUGGGAAAGGAUGAAGACGAGGAUGAGGAAAGAGUGAAGAUGAGUAUGAGGAUGGGGAUGAAGAUGAAGAUGAAGAUGAAGAUGCUGACGGCGCUGACGUGCGCCGUCCUCUGCACCCGCACCGUCGCCAUCGGGGCAGGCGGCGCCGUGUCAGCGGAUCGGCCGCCGGCUUGGUCGUGGGCGUCGUCGGCGUGGGCGUCGGCCUGGGGCGCGGCGGCCCUCCUCUUCCCCCUGCUGGCCUGCCUGUGCUGCAAGAAGGGCGGCAGGGCGCCGUUCAAGAUGUGCGUCGGUGGGAGUGUUGUGCCGGUGAUGUCAGCGGUCCACUAUGUGAACCCCCCCGCCCCCCGCCCCCAGGGAGGCGACCCCCGACUCCGCCUCCUUCCGUCCUCGCCUCUUUCUCAGCCUUCCUCACACGCUCUGCGCUCCUCUUCAUCUUCAGUAACUCUUCGUCCUCUCUUCAUCUUCGCCAUCAGACCACAUCGUGUGCGCGUGUGGUCACCUGAGGGCGGGGAGGAGUUGCGUAACGUUCCCGAUGGCGAGGCGUACCACGCGUCCACGCCGGCCUCGCCCGCCUCGCGGGCCGGCCCGGACGUCUACGUCCUGCCCCUCGCCGGGGUGGCGCCGCCCCUCGCCGGGAGAGCGGCGCCGGCGGCGCACCGCCAGAAAUGGGCCGACCUGAGCCGCCAGAGUCUGCUCUACCUGAAAGAGAUCGGGAACGGAUGGUUCGGGAAGGUUCUUCUGGGGGAGGUGAGUGAGAACCUGAGAACCAAUCAGGUGGUGGUCAAGGAGCUGAAGGCCAGCGCCGGUGUCAAGGAACAAAUGCACUUCCUGGAGGAAGUUCAACCGUACCGGGUGCUGCAACAUUCAGCUCUGCUGCAGUGUCUGGCCCAGUGCACCGACGUCACGCCCUUCCUGCUGGUCAUGGAGUUUUGUCCGCUGGGCGACGUGAAGGCUUACCUGAGGAGCAGCAAUCGUGCGGACGGCGUCGCCGUGCCCGAGCCGCUAAUCCUCCAGAGGAUGGCCUGCGACAUCGCCUCAGGACUCAUGCACCUGCACACCCACAACUUCACUCACAGCGACCUGGCUUUGAGGAACUGCCUGCUGACUGCCGACGUCACCGUGAAGAUUGGCGACUACGGAUUGUCCCACACCAAGUACAAGGACGACUACCUGGUCACGCCGGACCAGACGUACGUGCCGCUUCGCUGGAUCGCUCCUGAGCUGGUGGACGACUUGCGCGGAAACCUGCUGGUGGCCAAGCAGACCCAACAGAGCAACAUCUGGUCUCUGGGAGUGAGCAUCUGGGAGUUGCUGGAGCUGGGAAAGCAACCCUACAGCCAUUACUCUGACCAGCAAGUUCUGUCCCACGCUGUGAGGGCGCAGCAGCUCCGACUGGCCAAGCCCACGCUCCAAGUGCCUCUGGCCGAACGCUGGUACGAGGUGAUGCAGUUCUGCUGGCUCCCGCCUGAUCAGAGGCCCAAUGCCGAAGAAGUGCACUUGCUGUUGAGCUAUCUAUGCGCUAAGGGCGCCAGUGAGGCCGAGGAGGACUUCGAGAGGCGCUGGAACUCCAUGCGUCCCGGUGCCGGACACAACAUCCAUCGCGGCCCCCCGCUGACGACUCGCCCGCAACCCUCGUCUACCUCGUCGUCUUUCCCUCUCCUCCAGCAGUUCUCACCUGCCGAUGGGUACCACUCCGAGUCCGGGGAUGACGUUUUGACCAUCACUGAGACUAGCCACGGCCUGAACUUUGAGUACAGGUGGGAGCAGGCCGGGGCGGAAGAGUCCUACAGAGGCCCAGACUCCUUAAGUGCCCUCAGUCAUGUCAACCAUCAUGAAGCGUUUUAUCCUCCAGCGGGCAUUGUGGGAGGCUGCCCCUUGGAGAGCCUGAACCAUGCCGCUUCUCCCUCUUACUACCAGCCAAAACAUCUACAUGCCCCAGGUGUACUUCCUGUCUUCAGUGCCCAUAGCCCAUCAGUCAACAGUGAGUUCUACAUCCGCAUCGAAGAACCAGUGGACUGUAACAUUGAGCCAGACUACACGCUUUGCUCUUACAGCCCAGACUACCAGAGCACUGGGAGCUUCCUUACUGGGAGCGCCGACUCGGGCGACCGCAUGGUCUGUCUGUCACAGGCUAAGGACUGUGAAGCCUACUGGUCAGCAGAUAUCCACAACGUUGACGUCUAUGACUCCAAUGACUCAAGUCCUGCCAUCUCCCUAACAAUGGAGCCCCUCUUAGGACAGGUGUGUGACAACAGUCCCCUACGACCCUGGGAGUCCAGUCACUAUGUGUCCUACAAAGACCGAGAUGGAGGUUACUAUUACGAGCACUCCCCCCCUGUGGACUUAGACCACUAUCUAAUGGGAGGUGAUCCGGACAGUGAGCAUCUGCAAGAAAGCUGGGGGUCAAGGAGCCUUCGGCAGGCAUUGGGCGAGCUGGAGAACCCAGUGGGAAUACCCCCUUGCCUUAACAGUCCAUCUGAACAGGUCUACAGAGACUCAUACCUGGACCUGGACACAAGUCACUCCUCCAUCAUCGGUCAGACUGCGACCGGAGGCUACUACGACACGAUGGGCUCCCAGAGGGAGACCGUGCCGAGUCACAGCAGGCACGGCUCGGUCAGCAUUAACAUGGAGGCCGAGAGGGCGCUCUUCAUGGGGCACAGGGAGAGCGAUUCAGGGGAGGAUGAAGAGGAGGACAUAUUCAUGGAGAGGCACACGUGCAACACUUGGCCUUCAAAACAUUGCCACAGAAGCGUCGGCAAUCAAAGACGAGCGAGUCAGAGUUGCAGACAAGAAGCCUAUGUGGACUUUCACUACACCGUGCCAAGUACAGACAUUGAAGACACCUGGCCGGAAGAGCUCGGCAUGCAAUACCACAGCCUGCCCAAGGGUGUCAGCUACCUGGAAGCCCGCCAGGCUAAAAACAGCAGCAGCUGUCUGAGUCGACACCCUGCCGUAGUGUCCCCGGACCGCUACGAUGCUUUGGUGUAUUUGUGCCACCAGUGCGACACCCACGCGGCGCCGCCAAGAGAGUACUGCCACUCGCACUUCGUUGACCCGCUCACUGGCUUGCUGGUGAGUAACAACUACAGCUACAACCACAACAAAGUCACGGACAUCCCAAACAGUGACGAGGUGAUCGAUCUCUCGCCAGCACCAGGAGGUCCAGUUGUGUCCAAACCUGCCUCAAUCAAGCCCGAUGGCGGCAGAGAGCAAUACGUGGAUCUUAGAGCAGAUGAAGUGACGAAGGAGGACAUCAUCAAAGAACAUCCUCUCAUGACCGAGCCCAACAUGGAAGAGAUGAUCCAGAGUCCUCCGCCGCCCGCAGACAACAUGCACGUGAUGGUGGUCCUCACGGAUCUGCAGUCAGAGACGAGUCAAGCAGGAGAUAGCGGUCACGACCGAGGCGGCUCCAGCGUUAGCCUCACAGACAUCCUCGACUGCAGCGACAACGAAAACGAUGACAUCACCGAUGACAUCGCUGAUAUCACUUCAGGAAUCUUUGCAGACGAGUCCGGUGAACUGAGCGCUUCUCCUUCCUUCAAGUCGCUCCAGAAGCAGGUAGGAAUUCCGGAUUCCACCGAGUCCACGGAGCUACCGCCUGUUGCCGGGUCUUGUGAGGGCUCCAGCCCCGCCUCACGCCCAUCCUGUUCCCCCAAAGCCAUGGACAGUGGCUAUGACACGGAAAAUAACGAGAGUCCCGAGUUUGUCCCAAAAGAACCUCAUGAAGCCAAAGACCAAGCUGUGCCUCUGGCAGCCGUUCACACGAGGCUGGAGGAGGACCUUGGUGUCGUUGCCCAGAAGGAGGACUUGUCGUUAAAAUCAUGCGAACACACCUUCUCACCACUGAGCCAAGAGACACCAUACAGGGACUCGGCUUACUUCUCCGACUACGAGAACGAACGCCAGGUGAGGAACGAGAAGGAGGAAGUGCAUCAGCCAGAAGAGGGUUGUGAGAAUGAAGAAGAAGAAGAAGAAGAAGCCCUGAAAGACACUGUGAUGAUUCCAGCAAGGGAACAUGGAGAACAUUGUUUGCCAGAACUAAGUGGAGCAUACGAAACAGAAGACUGUGAUCAUGAUGACUUGCUGAAUGGUUCAACGGCAGAAGGGAGCCUGGAUGAGUGGCCUUCUCAGGAGGAGAGCUCGUCUCUCGAAGACUGGGCAGCAGAGGUGGUGGGAGCCAUGGAGAAGGCUCUCGAUGCCCUGAAUGGAGAACAUAGGUCCACCGGCAUGUCAGAGGAAAAAGAAAGAGAAGAGGGGCCAGUUAAGAACAAACCAUCAGGGCCGGAGGUGUUGCACAUCUUGCCCAAGGAUGAGGUCGCCUUGCAGCAGGCAGUUCAUUCCAGAAGGUCCUCUUUGUCUUCUCCUCCGCCUCAGCCAGCUCCGGCAGAAGACCGAGGUUCUCCUCUGGACGGGGAGGAGGCGGACAAAGAGGACGGCGACUCGGACGACAGCGACGCGUCGGACGAGGAGCCGCGGCCCUUCGGCGUCCAGGAGGAGGAAAGCGAGGAUGAGUGCCACCCGGUGCCCAUCGUGGUGAGUGACGACAGCCACGCCCGCACCCUGCGAGGCCUCCUCAAGGCACCCACCAUGCUGAAGAUACAGGAGGAACUGGACCGCAAGAAGAGGAACGUGUCCUUCUUCGAUGACGUCACCGUCUAUCUCUUUGAUCAGGAGAGUCCCACCAAGGAGCUGAGUGCACACGGACUCCCUUUGGUCGUAGAAGGUCCCGAGAGGGUCGGCGCGUCUGACGACUCCUCAGACGGAAACAUCUCCGAAGAGAGCGCAGGCUUCGAGUGGGAAGACGACUUCCCUCUGCUCCCGCUCCCGACAUCCUCGGCCGCCGAGCCUCAGGAGACCGAGUCGGCCGCCCGGUUCUCCCGCUUCACCGUGUCGCCCUGCGCCGCGUCCCGGUUCUCCAUCACGCACGUCUCCGACUCGGACACGGACUCUGCGGGAGGAAGCAGCGAGGACGCCGAUAAAGAGUGAAGGACGGACGUUUACGAACAAAGUGGGAAUAGUUUUCCUACUGCAGGCGCAAAGGAGGGAAAAAUCCACUUGAUGAAAAACAAGACCGGUACUCUCGAAGCAUCCCAUUUCGACUUUUUAGAAGAUUACAAGGUCACGUACAUUUCAGAGACUAACAAGACAUUUCAAGAUGGAUGUAUUCUGUGCAUGCACGAAAACCAGGACAAAAAGACGGACGCGCUUGCUUUGAAAAUGACGUCGUGUAUUUCCCGUAAGUUCCAUCCACCUUCUCCUGGUUUGCUUCAAGUCUGCAAAGUAUAUGGGAACCACGGCUGAGGUGUCACGAAUAUUUCUUCGAACACCCGUCAGUCAAAGUGAACCAUUACGACCGCAGUCUUGUGAUGAACGAAUGAAGUCGAAAUAUCCGCUGGCGUGAUGAUGACGAGGUGACAAUUCGUCCCGCCGAUUGAACUGCCGCGCAGGAACGCGAACGAGCCGACGGUGAUGACCGUAAUGAUCGCGAUCAUGAUCAUAAUCAUAAUCAUGUGAUUACUGUGGCGGAUCCGAUUCAGGGGCGGACAGCGGGCCGCGUGCGUUCUUUAAUCAAACAUUUACAUAUUUCUUCCUAUUUAUUUCACCUUUCUUUAAGUAAGGCAAAUGAGGAAAUGCCGACCUGGCAAAUAUCAACACCAAGCAAUAUUAAGAGUCCUGUAAUAUCUGUCGGAUUAAGUGAGCCAUUACCCCCCCCCUCUAAAAUUGGUUAUUUAACAUGCAAUCAUUCAUAUUGUAAAUAAACAAACAAAAAUACAUAGCUAACAUUUUUUAAUUCAUUUCAGUAAAUAAUUGGUUAAUUAUCAUUACACUAAUUAUAAGAUUAAAACAUGAGAAUAAAUUCUUUGAUUAUUGAAAUGAACCUUUACAUAUUUUACGUUACUUGAUCUAAUUCAAUAAUUACUUAAUGUAAUUGAAAAUUAUAACAUAAAGAACUUCAAAUAUAGAUUCAACAAUUUGUAAUGACAGUAUUUUAUGAAGUCAUUGGUUCAUUCCUGAUAAAUCCAUUCAGGCUGAAUAAUACAAGUUCAAAAAUGUAAAUCAUAUUUUCUGUAGAGAUGACGCGCAUCCCGGUGAAAGUUGGCCCACCCGCCGCCCGCCGUCACUGUGCAAAUUCAAAGGCGGCCCUUGAGCACAACACUUUUCUGUAGUUUGUUCGCUGGGUAACGACGCAUCGUGUUGGCGACACGACGCAGAAGAGAAACACGUCUAUGUUUUUGGGACGUUUCAAACCUCGCCAUUUGCUUUUAUGGACAUGUUGUUGCCACGGAGAUGAAGACGGCGUCUCGGAAGAGCCGGCAACACUUUGAUUGACAAGUUGAUCGCGCUCGGCUUGUGUCGUUGACGACAUCUUUAGCAAAUUGCUCCCAAACACUCUGCGCUCUCGUCACACGCGUGUGCGUACCUUCUAGCCAACAACAACAAAACUAAUAAAGUCUCUUUUACACAUCGCAACAUAUUUAUUUGUUUAUUUAGAUGUCAAUUCUUCUACUGCAGCUAGCAUGCUAGCUAGCAGGCUAAUAAUGCUCCAAAACUAACACGACCCAAUUAGCAGUCGGUUUGUUUCAUAAACAGUGCUAGUGAGCUACGCAUGGUUAGCACAUAUCGUCGAUGAGCAUUUUGGCCACGCCCCUCGAGCAUCUUCGUGUCUUUGAUGCUUUGUGACAUUUUUCUCUUUGGAAACCAUUACAAGAGUUUGGAGUCGCGCUCCUACUCGAGUCUUACUCAUAUCCGUCUUCUUCCGACUCUGCGGAACGUCUUUGCGGCCUCCCUUUUUUGCGACUAUAUAAGUAAGUCAUGUAUUUAUACAUCCAUCGAUGGAAAGUCAAUAGGGAAGACGAAUAAUGGUUGCUUGAUUACAGAUGUGCGUAUAUGGGUCGUUUUCAUAUCAUUGAUCAAUAACAGUAAAGAUGUGGCCCACUGAAUAUCCUUUUGAAAUCGAUCUCUUUUACUGAUAUGAGUACAAUUUGCAGUCGUUGUAAUUCAAAGGGUAAUAAAUGUUUCUAAGAAAAAAAAAUUGUCUAAAGUAAUAGUUUUCAAACUUUUAAUGCCUAAAUAUCUUUCCCGAUAGGUGUCCCAAAUGAUUUCUGAAGCUACUAAUCCCAUUUUUGACUAUGUCUGCUUUUUCUCCCAUUUUCUAUGCAAAAUAACACAAAUGCAUCUUAGUGGUUUGCUUGUUUCCCAAUGUCACUGAAGCGGUCUUUACCGUUAAUGGCACUCAAGGGAGCCUCAUGACGUGUGACUGCAAUACUCGGAUCUUAAGUGCCAGUCUGAGACCCAUUUUGCAUUCACACAAUAGCAAAUAUCUUAUUUCUAAGAUAUGAAUGUCAAAAUGUGGGAACCAUUGCUUGUCUUGACCGUUAUUACGAUGUUGAAUGAGUAGUUCGGAUCAUCGAUGCACUUGUACCCGAGUUUGAAGGGAAACGCGUGUGAAUUGCGCAACUCAGUUUUUGUUGUCCACUGUUGUGUUUGCGGUUAUGCAAGGAGUGUAUUUCCGUGGGCCACCGCCAUUUGAUCUGUCACUAAGUAUUGCCUUUACGAGCCAGCCAUCCAUUUUCAUCCAUUUAUCCGUGGUCUGGUCCCGGUGGCAGCGGCUCGAGCGGGGAAGCCCGGACUCGUGGCCCUGUCCCCGGCCACUCGGUCCAGCUCUUCCGGGGAGACCCCGAGGCGUUCCCGGGCCACCCGUCUCUCCGGCGUGUCCCGGGUCGUCACCGGGGAGGCGUCCGGGGGGGCUUCCUUAUCAGAUGCCCGGGCCGGCCCCUCUCGAUGCGGAGGAUCGGCGGCUCUACUCUGAGAUCCUCCCGGAUGACCGAGCUUCUCACCCGUUGUCUAAGGGAGAGCCCGGACACGUCACUGCAGACGCCGCACCGAUCCGCCUGUCGAUCUCCCGUUCCGUUCUUCCCUCACUUGUGAACAUGGGAGACAUUUACCAAGGGAAAACCAAGGCAGCAUCAAAAAAUUGCUGAAUUAGAAUUUGUGUUUUGUUUUUGUCUUUACCGGUAUGGAUUAAAUGAUAUGAAAAUGA